AUGAUAUGGGCCUUCCACAGACUAGGGGUGUCUGGGCCUGCUCAGUCGUAUUUUGUGACACAGUUCAAGGGAGGAUUGCUUGCUCAGCUAUCUAUCUGUUGCACAAAAGCAUUCAUUGUGUUGCUGCCCUCUCCCUCCUCUUAUAGCAGCCUCGACCGCCUCUUCCCCGUGCUGGUGAAGGUGGCGGCCGCGGCGCUCAACCCCGUCGAUUCCAAGCGGCGCAUGGGCAAGUUCAAGGCCACCGACUCCCCACUCCCGACUGUGCCAGGGUACGACAUGGCCGGAGUCGUCGUCAAGGUCGGCAGCCAGGUAAAGAACCUCAAGGAGGGCGACGAGGUGUACGGCCACAUCAGCGAGAAGGUCCUCGAGGGUCCCAAACAGUUCGGCUCGCUGGCGGAGUACACCGCCGUGGAGGAGAAGCUGGUGGCCCUCAAGCCAAAGAGCAUCGACUUCGCGCAGGCCGCCGGUCUGCCGCUCGCCAUCGAGACCGCCCACGAGGGCCUCGAGAGGGCGGGCUUCUCCGCCGGCAAGUCCAUCCUUGUCCUCGGCGGCGCCGGUGGAGUCGGGUCCCUUGUCAUCCAGCUGGCGAAGCAAGUUUACGGCGCAUCGAAGGUGGCGGCCACAGCCAGCACCCCGAAGCUGGAGCUCCUGAAAAGCCUGGGAGCCGACGUGGCCAUCGACUACACCAAGGACAGCUUCGACGACAUGCCGGACAAGUACGACGUCGUGUUCGACGCAGUCGGCCAGGGCGAGAAGGCGGUCAAGGUGGUGAAGGAAGGCGGCAGCGUGGUGGUCCUCACCGGCGCGGUCACGCCGCCGGGGUUCCGGUUCGUGGUCACCUCCGACGGGUCCGUCCUGGCGAAGCUCAACCCUUACCUCGAGUCCGGGAAGGUGAAGCCGGUGGUCGACCCCAAGGGGCCUUUCCCCUUCUCCCAGGUCGUGGAGGCGUUUUCCUACCUCGAGACAGGAAGAGCCGCCGGCAAAGUGGUCAUUUCGCCUGUUCCAUGAGACACCGCUGUAAAUAGCUAGCAGCCAAGCACAAGUGGUGUGUUUUUGCCACGGAUUACUGAGCAAAAUAUUUGUUGGAUCGUGCAUACAAAGCAGAAAAAUAUGUGAUGUUAUGAGAGAUGGUUGUACGUUCCUCAAGUAUUACAAUGAACAUAGAUCUUGUUUUGUUCAA